AUGGCUUCGGAGAUGCAGCCAAGCAGUUCUCAGGCCACAAUUGGAGAAUCUCCGAGCGUCGAGAUCGAGUCGAUGUCGAUCGUUAGCACCUUAAAAUGUUUAGCUAAGGAAAGCAAAUUUGAUUUCUUUCAAGAAGCGUUUACGGAUUGGGUUAAGAAAGCCGAUCCCGUAACCAAAAUCUCUAUUCCGGAAGUGAAGGGUGUGGUGGAGGUAUUGAAUUGCCUUUGUGAUUUGUAUGAAUCGAGCGUGGAUGACCCGAUUAGACAGAUAGACACGUGGCAACAAAUAAAGCGUCUUUGCGCGUACAUGCUUGCGAUGAUACAGGACUGGACAGGCGAAGAACAGCAUUCAGGAGAGAAGUCUAUCGGUGCAGGAUUGGUUGAAGGCCACGGGAAGGAUGGUGGUGAUGAGGAUCUCGGGUUGUUGGGUGACAUAAUGGCGUCAAGUUUAUGUCGUAUUCUCGGGCUUUGCGUUGCCUUAUUUUGGUGUACGGAUCGACCGCUUUUAUCGCAUGUUAAGUACACUCAUCUGGAGGUGGCCCGAGCUGCGGUAGACAUGUGUGUCUGUCUUCAGUCAGUCUGUUCGGCGUCAUUGCCAGAGUCCGUAGUGAGUGAGUUAUUCGCGCUUUGCUGCGAGCCCGUGGACUUGCUAUUACAGCUUUCUGCCGCUGAGAUGUUGUCCAACAUGCUCCGAGGUCGUUCUUCGGGUCAGCCUUCUUCGAGUGAGUUAGUGUUGAAAGUGUUGGAGAGUCAUCGCGAGUGGGCAGAGGUGGGUCAUCUGCUAAGGACGUGUGAAGAUGUGGACGUGUUAUUGCGUGUCCUAUGCGCACGAUUUUCGGGCAAGUAUGCGGUCUAUGCUGGGCCGCGUAGUUUGUCGAUCAUCACGGAUGUGAGCACGCGUGUCUGUGUACGAAUUACGGAACUUGGUUGGGUGUGUCCUACUCCAGCCGAUGUGCUGCAAGGGUCGCUCUGUUUCGGACAAUACUCGCUCGCUUUCUGCGCCGAGGCUUAUGAGGGCGCAUCCGAUUUGUCUUUUGAGCAAACAGAGCAGUUACGUCUAGCUCUUGACCAGACCACCUUGGAAAUCCCCUACUCAGUCGUUCUUGCCCUCAACUGGGACCGAGGCACCCUUCGCCUCACCCUCAUCGAUGCCCAGACCCUCCGUACCUGGUGCGGGCUCCUCGCCGUUCCCGAACCACCCCUCCAAGACGAGGCCAUCGUCGAACUCGCCCUCGUUGACGCCAACCCCCAACUUAUCGACAACCUUACGGCCUACCUUCGCGACCAUGUACCCGACCAUCUCCCUCCCGACCCACGACCUGAUAAGAGACUCGGAAAAAAACGCGAAUUGUCUGAACCCGGAUUCGGGACCGGGCCUUGUCGCUCUGGAGACGAUCGGUCUGAAGACGAAAAAAACCGAGACCAAGCCACAACUAUAAAACACCAAAAUCAGACACUGGCCGGAGAAUGCCUAGUGCAAACGCCGCCAAUCGAUCAGCGAGCACCCUGCGCCGAUCUCGCCCUCUCCACGCUCGAGGAACCGCAAGCUCCGCGCAAGGGCGCGCCCGCAAGUGCGCGACGUCCCUCACUCGAACGCCGCAUCAGCUUCGCUGCUGAGCCCGACACGCGCAAAUUCGACGGCAGCCUCCCCGUUAACUCUGGCCCUCUCCGCGAUCGACCUCCCCGCCCCCCGGACGACCGGGACCGGGGUCGGAGUCGGGAAUUGGACCGAGACCAGGAUCAAAACCGGACGGUCGGCCAGAACAGGACUCAAUCGCCCAACCACCGCGAGAACAACAGACCGGGGGGCAACAGGUCGGGCGCUAACAGAUCGCUGCGGGCGCCGUCUCCGAAACGGAACUGCGUGGUGGUCCCGCUCUCUCUUUCUCAAGACCUCGAAGAUCUGGAUGAACGUACACCGCUGCCGCGGCCACGGAAGCCAUCCCUUGGUACGCGAGAACCUCGGACGAUUCUCUCCAAACUGCGAACCGCGCCGGCGGCAGAGUCCACCCCGACUCAAGAUGCUCCGACCGGGGAGGCCGUCCCGACCAGAAAGGACGUCUCGACGGGGGACGUUGGAGAGAAAAAUGUCCGGAUGGGGGAUGCCCACGAGGUCGGGACGGCACCCAAGGGCGAGGGUCGGGCCAAGCGCGUCACUUCUUCCACGGUCGCGGGUUCGGACUCGGACGAACUGCUGCCCGAGGUCUGGGACCGCAUGACGCAGCGCGAGUGCGAGACCGUGAUGUCCAAGGACGUGAGUCCCGUGGAUGAGGCCCCUUCGUCGGGCUCUGGCUCUGGAUCCCGACCGGGCUCAUCUUCCGGUUCCGAUGUUGGGUCGUUAGGUACUUCACGCGGUCGGAGACCGUUGACGAAUUCGGGACAAAGGUCUCCAAGCAGUUCGCUGAGUACUCCCGUGGGCUCUGAAAAUAGUCGGGUGGGUUCGGAGAGUGGGUCUGGUGGGGACGAAGGUUCUGAGAGUGGUAGUCUUUGUUGGUCGACUUCGGGUGUGUUGGAUGAAGUGUUGGAAGCGUGGACUGUCACGCUACCACAGUUGGUGGUCCGUGCUGGUCGUGGGUUAGAGGCGACUGGACGUGCGGGGUGCGAGCGGUUAGUGCGUCGAUGGGAGCGUACCUACCGGAGGUUGUAUCGGGAAGCCGUGCGUGACUUGCACCUGCUUGACCGCCGGUUUGAGGAACAACUCGUGCGCGAAUGUAGCGCAACUCGGCUUCGGCUUAAACGAGGAAAAGAGAGUGAGAGGCGAACUGCGCAACGGAUUGAAGCUCUACUCGCUUCCGCACGAUCCGAAAGUGACGCACUAUGUCUCGCACUCACCACAGACCUACAGCGACACCAUGCACACACCUCACAUCAACGAGCUUUCGUACUUCACAAUCUCAAAGAACAACUUGCCCAACUUGACCCCAAACGCCGACGAGUUUAA